GCCGGGCACAUUCAAAAUGGCGGAGUGUGGAGCGAGCGGCAGCGGGAGCAGCGGGGACAGCUUGGACAAGAGCAUCACGCUGCCCCCCGACGAGAUCUUCCGCAACCUGGAGAACGCCAAGCGCUUCGCCAUUGACAUAGGGGGCUCGCUGACCAAGCUGGCCUACUACUCCACCGUGCAGCACAAAGUUGCCAGAGUGCGGUCCUUCGACUACUCGGGCAAGGACGCAGAGCAAGACCACGAGCCCCCCUAUGAGAUCUCCGUCCAGGAGGAGGUCACUGCCAGACUGCACUUUGUCAAGUUUGAGAACACCUACAUAGAAGCCUGCUUGGACUUCAUCAAAGACCACCUUGUCAACACAGAGACGAAGGUCAUCCAGGCAACCGGGGGCGGGGCCUACAAGUUCAAGGACCUCAUCGAAGAGAAGCUGCGGCUGAGAGUGGACAAGGAGGACGUGAUGACGUGUUUGAUUAAAGGCUGCAACUUUGUGCUGAAGAACAUCCCACACGAGGCCUUCGUGUAUCAGAAAGAUUCCGACCCCGAGUUUCGAUUCCAGACCAAUCACCCCAACAUUUUCCCGUACCUGCUGGUCAACAUCGGUUCCGGAGUCUCUAUUGUGAAGGUGGAGACCGAGGACAGGUUUGAGUGGAUCGGUGGCAGCUCCAUUGGAGGUGGCACCUUCUGGGGACUCGGGGCUCUGCUCACCAAAACAAAGAAGUUCGACGAGCUGCUGCACUUGGCCUCCAAGGGCCAGCACAGCAACGUGGACAUGCUGGUGCAGGACAUCUACGGCGGGGCGCACCAGACCCUGGGGCUGAGCGGCAACCUCAUCGCCAGCAGCUUCGGGAAGUCGGCCACAGCCGACAGAGAGUUCUGCAAGGAGGACAUGGCCAAGAGCCUGCUGCACAUGAUCAGCAACGACAUCGGGCAGCUGGCCUGCCUGCACGCCAAGCUCCACCGCCUGGACCGCGUGUACUUUGGCGGCUUCUUCAUCCGGGGCCACCCCGUCACCAUGCGCACCAUCACCUACAGCAUCAACUUCUUCUCCAAGGGGGAAGUCCAGGCCCUAUUCCUGAGGCACGAAGGCUACCUGGGAGCCAUCGGAGCGUUUCUUAAAGGAGCAGAACAAGACAACCCUAACCAGUACAGCUGGGGAGAGAACUACGCAGGCAGCUCCGGGCUGAUGAGCUCGUCCCCGGAGCUCUGCCCUACGCAGCGGGCGAGGAGCGGCACCUUUGACUUGCUGGAGAUGGACCGGCUGGAGCGACCGCUGGUCAACUUGCCACUCCUCCUGGACCCAUCUUCCUAUGUGCCCGACACGGUCGACCUGACGGACGACGCCCUGGCCCGCAAGUACUGGCUCACCUGCUUCGAGGAGGCCCUGGACGGGGUGGUGAAGCGUGCUGUGGCCAGCCAGCCGGGCUCGGUGGAUGCCACGGAGAGGGCGGAGAAGUUCCGGCAGAAGUACUGGGGCAAACUGCAGACGCUGCGGCACCAGCCCUUUGCUUACGGGACCCUGACCGUACGCAGCCUCUUGGACACGAGGGAGCACUGUCUGAAUGAGUUCAACUUCCCAGACCCCUACUCCAAAGUCAAGCAGAAGGAAAACGGGGUCGCACUAAAGUGUUUCCCGAGGGUGAUCCGCUGUCUGGAUGCCUUGGGCUGGGAGGAGAGGCAGCUGGCCCUGGUGAAAGGUUUGCUGGCGGGGAACGUCUUCGACUGGGGAGCGAAAGCUGUCUCUGACGUCCUCGAAUCUGACCCCCAGUUUGGCUUUGAGGAGGCGAAGAUGAAGCUACAAGAGCGGCCGUGGCUCGUGGACUCCUACAGCAAGUGGCUUCAGAGGCUGAAGGGGCCCCCUCACAAAUGUGCCUUAAUUUUCGCAGAUAACAGUGGAAUAGACGUCAUUUUGGGAGUCUUCCCCUUUGUCAGGGAGCUUCUCUCUAGAGGGACGGAGGUGAGCGUCCAGGCUGCGGCGGGACCCCUGCCCUGGGCCCACCACUCGCAGUGGGGUUGGCGCCGUCGUGGCCUCUGUGUGGGGCAGGUCAUCUUGGCGUGCAACUCGGGACCCGCCUUGAAUGACGUGACCUACUGCGAGUCCCUCAUCGUGGCCGAGCACAUCGCGGCCAUGGACCCCAUCGUCUACUCGGCGCUCAGAGAGGAGAGGCUGCUGCUGAUGCAGACGGGCUCCAGCUCCCCGUGUCUGGACCUCAGCCGCCUGGACAAGGGGCUGGCCGUGCUGGUUCGGGAGCGAGGCGCAGACCUGGUGGUCAUCGAGGGCAUGGGCCGUGCCGUGCACACCAACUACUACGCGGCCCUGCGCUGCGAGAGCCUCAAGCUGGCCGUGCUCAAGAACUCCUGGCUGGCCGAGCGGCUGGGCGGCCAGCUCUUCAGUGUCAUCUUCAAGUACGAGGUCCCGGCCGAGUGAGGCCCUGCGCUGCCGGGCUGUUCUGCUCGUCGCUUGUCGGGAAUAUAUUUCGACCUCAGCAGGGAAACCAAGCUCCGAUCAGAAUGUUGCUGUCGCGCCCGGGACUCGGAGCCAGGCGCGCCCAGGCGUGAGAGUGGCGCUUACGGCGCUGGGGUCUUUAAUGCUGCCGUGUUCGUGGUGGGAGACGCAACUGUUGUCCAGUGAGACACUCGUAUUGGAAUAUAUUUAACUGUGAAAUAA